CGACAAGCCGAGAGGAGAACAUACAGGUGUGCUGCAGAAAAGAAAGAAACCGUAGGAAAAGGAAAGAAACAGGGGGGAAAGGGAAAGAAACGGUGGGGUUGAGAGGCAGUAAGACAUCAGGCACCCUGGGAGGGAGACACAUGAGCAGGGAUGGAGGAAGAGAGGGAGGAACAAGGAGAGAUCACCCAAAGUGGGACGACUCCUAUCCAGGCUGAAACAACAACUCUGAUCUGCAGAGAAGAGAGCAGUGAGACCCAAAACCUCAAAGCACCAGAGGAAGAAGACAUCCAGGCGGACAGUGGAGCCUGUAGCAGAGAGGUUGAAGAGGGUCAAUGUAACACAGCCGCAGAGAUCUUACCCCAGGAGCCUCAGACAAACACAAGCACACAGGAUGAUAAUGACUGCCUCCCAUUGUGCCCCCUGCCAUCAGAGGACGAGCUGACCCCCACUUCAGUGUCAUCCCAUACCUCCAACACACAGAAUCGACCGUCUGAGCCUUGCUGGUAUUGCCUGAGGUCUCUUGACUCUGAGUAUCAUCCUGAAACUCCAAAACAGGAAGACACAGAUGCUAUGUCAACACUGCCCUCUAGUGGCCAGAAAGUGAACUACCAAACAGAUCCUAGACCUCACUUUGGUGUAGCUUGGUCCUCCCACUCCACGUGUCGCCCUCUGUGGGGCAGCGAGGGGCCGUGCUGGGGGCAGAGAAACCAGGAGAUGCCUGAUCAGACACACACCUGCCCACACUGUCAUCUGGGGUUGCCUGCUGACACACUGCGCUGGCAUGAGGCAAAGUGUCUGCUGUUUGAGGGACUGAGGAACACAAAGAAAUAACGAGCGGAGAAAAAUGUCUAUCUUAAAGAAUAAUGGUGCAAUAUCUAUUACUGCUAGAUAUCUGUCUGUUUACACAAGCCAUGUUUAUUCUCUAUUGAAUUUGAGUUAAUGUGAUGAUUCUGGUACAAUCUGAUAUUUUUAAUGAUGUGUUCAUUCAAAUAAACUGCAU